GGAAAAAACAUGAUUUCACUGUAGUUCAUUACAGUUUCAAUGGCACCAACGCAGAAAAAGCAGCACUCCAAUCCCGUGCGCUGAAUUUGGACCAAUUCAAAGAUGAAACUGCGAACCCAAACGCAAAAAAGCAACGCGAUUUCACCCCACCGUGAAAGGAGCACGUGGCUUCUUCUUGUCGUUGUUGCUACUGUUGCGAUUCUGUGUGGCAUCUGCGCAGCUGAAAGCAAUGAAGGAGUUACGCACGUCAGAGGAGGCCCCGAUUCUGUGGUUUGGGUGGUUCAGCUUUCCGAUCUUCAUUUCAGCGUUCACCAUCCAAACAGAGCCCUCGAUUUCGCCAAUCUCGUGGGCCCCGCUCUUUCCGUUAUCAAUCCUUCCCUCGUCCUCAUCACUGGCGACCUCACAGAUGGUAAAAGCAAGGAUUUGCUGACAAUGAAGCAGAAUGAGGAUGAAUGGGUGGAAUACCGGACUGUACUGGACACUGUUAUUAAGAGAAGUAGACUCCAGAAGAGCUUGUUUUUUGACCUCAGAGGCAACCAUGACAGUUUUGGUGUUCCGGUUGUCGGUGCUUCCUUUGAUUUCUUUUCUAAAUACAGCAUCAAUGGGCAGUUAGGAAGAAAUGGGAGCGUCAAUAGUGUAACCCUUGAGACUCGAGACUGGAAACAUCUCUUUGUUGGGUUUGAUAGCACAAUGUUAACUGGCUUACGAGGUCCAACGAAUCUUUUUGGGCAUCCCACUGAUCAAUUACUAAAGGACCUAGACUUGGAACUCUCACAGUGGGAUUCACAGUCAGAAAAACUAGUUACCAAAAUUUCCUUUGGGCAUUUUCCACUCUCAUUUUCUGCACCCUCUAGUUCUGGAAGGACAUUGGAAGAUGUUUUCCUAAAGCAUUCCAUAUCAGCUUACCUGUGUGGGCAUCUCCAUACUAAAUUUGGUAUGAACUUAAAGCGGCACCAUCAACUGGAUGAUCAUUCAUCAUCCUUGCAGAAACUUUUUCAGUUUAAUAUACACCAGAGUUCUUUUGAAAGUACUGCAAACUGUUCAAUGGGAGCCCCACCAAUUCAAGAGUUUUGGGAGUGGGAGAUGGGGGAUUGGAGAAAGAGUAGAGCUUUUCGAAUUCUAGCCAUUGAUAGAGGCCAUGUUUCAUAUGUUGAUACUGAUUUCAAAUCUGGGACCAAACGUGCAAUUAUAUUGCCCACUUUUCCAUUAGACUCUCGCUUCAUGUUAACAUCUUCAUGCCGUCACAACUAUGAAUGUCAAUCUGUGGCCCCUUCAUCUUAUGAGACAAUCCGAGCUCUGGUAUUUUCUCUUUCUCCAAUUGUAUCAGUUGUAGCUAGAGUCUAUGAUUCACGAUCUGGAAACCUUGAUUUAGUUCUAGAAACUCAGAUGAUCAAGCAUUCUGGUGAUAACUCCAGGGGGAACCUCUAUGUUGCUCCAUGGAAUUACAGAGCAUUUGAGGAUGCUUCUCCUGAUAGGUUUUGGCUUCAAAUCGAAGCAAAUGACAUCGCAGGCAGAUCAACUUUGACUGAAUUGAGGCCGUUUUCUAUCAAUGGUCAUAGCCUCAAACUUUCAUGGGGCUGGAAGGAGUUUUUGGUCAUGGGAUGUCAAUGGGCUUCCCUUUAUUACCCAUUAUUUUGGUCUGCUCUUUACUUUUUGUUCAUCUUCCUUCUUCUUCCAAAAGCUCUUCUUGUUUUUCCAAAGAAGAUAUACACUUACAAGAACUUCAUCGCCAAUAAAGGCAUAGUAAAUGGUGUAUUAUGGUUUCUCCAGGAGCUCUGCAGGAUCCCCACAUUAUGGUUUGGUUGGAUAGGAUACCUAUUUUAUCUUAUGUUGUGCCCCUGGUUUAUGGGGCAAGUUUUUACUGAAGGGAAAAAUAUGGUAUACAUGACCUAUAUGGGUUGGGCCAUAGAGACUUCUAAUGGAAAGGGGAAGGUUGAGUAUGUUGGGUCUCCAGAUAUUAUGGUGGUGGUUCUUCCCCAUCUAUUAUUUGUGGUUUUGCCUGCAAUUUUGGUCACUGGUGCUCUGACGGCUGAAAGAGCAAUUUACCGGGAACACAUGUUAGCAUUUUUGGUAAAGAAAAAAGAUGAUAUUUGUAUGGACUCUAGAAAAUCUGUAUUGAAUGGCAGCAUGGUAUCUAAUGUUCACCUUAGCAAGCGAUUGAUUCGGAAGCUUCUUUUUGUGGUGUGCUUGGCAAUAUGUUGGAAGCAUUUUAUGAAUUGCAGAACUCUUCUAAAAGCUUAUGAGAUGAACCCAGUACUCCAUUUCUUAGGCUAUGGUAUAUCAAUCCCCUUGUUGUUGGCACAUGCUAUCAGCAAAACCAGAAGUGCUGAAUGAAACUUGUUCCAGAGGUUCACAUGUGCCAAGUCUCCCUGUUUUGAAUACAACCAAAGGAUGCACUUUGUGGUUGCGUGGUCGGUGUUAGAAUUGGUUGAAGCUAGCCGGAUUCAACAAAUAUUAAAGACCCAUCAAGUGGCAAGAGAGGGCUGGUUGUUUGGAUAUUCUUCUCAUCAUUCACGAUGAUAUUUGUGUUGUCUGUAUUCUUUAAGCUUAUGCUGUAUGCACUACGGUUUAGUGGUUUUGCAUGGGUUGAAGAUGGUGUAUUAUGGUUUAAGCUUAUUGUUUGAAGAACCAAAAAAUACCGAUGCAGUAUGCAACAAGUUAUCGUGCUGGCUGAGUCACUUUGUAAAAUUUGAUUUGACACUUAAAAUAUUAAUGUAAUAUUAAUUACUUUUUUAACUUA